GGGAGUCAAAGCAAGAGAGGGAUAGAUCGUUUUUAUGAUGAGUGAAAGCGGACACAUUUCUAGAUUGGUUCGAAAUAUAGAUCCUUUAAAGCUCUUGUUGGACUGUUGUGAGCUGCUUCUUAUCGUUGGUGGCUUUGUAACGGUGUUUUGUGCAGCCUCUGGAAACCGUCCCCUCAUCACUGUGGACAGAGAAUCGCCACUGGUUCAGCUGUCUACUAGUCUCCGUAGGUGCUUUGUAUUGAAAAUCCACAGCCGUCACCGUGCCGAAUGUGAACCUCGACAGCGGCAGCUCUGUGGCUUCUAGCCGUCUUUGAUAUGUAGCAAUUCGGAGUGAUUGCUCGUUGAAGGCUGUGUGAUCCUGUCUGGUACUUCUUCUGAUCUGUUGGUUUCAGCACAACUUCUGUCGUUAGUGAUUGGUGUCGCUCUUAGCACGACAUGGCAAAAUUGCUUCGUAGCAUGUAUUUCGCUUGUUGCCAUUAAGAUCGGUCCCAUGUUAAUGGGUCCCGGGUUCACAGCUAUUCGUCAUUUAAUCUAGGGGCUCCUCUUGUUGCUUCGAAAGGGUACACAAAGCUGAGAAUCUUCUUGUUGUGUCAUGUGCGCGAAGGGAUUUUGGUUUCAAACGAACUUCCUUAUAGAAUCCUAUUUGCUGCGAGAAAGAGUAGAAUUUUGGCAGUGUCUCUUCUCCAUCGCUCUUAAUCUUGCGGAAUGCCUGCAAUUGAGACAAUGUGAAGAGGAGCUGUAAUGUACCAUGAUUUGAAACUUGGAUAUAAUGCUCACCUCACUAUAAUUGCGAAGCAAGUGGGUAAAGAGGGUUUGAGGUCAAAUAGCAUGCAUUCGAUGAGGGGAGGUUGCUCGUAGUGGUGUAUAUUCUGCAAGUAUUCUCCGGCUUUUGGAGCUGAACAUUCCAAUCCUCUCAAACACAACCACCUGUUAUUACAUGAAAGUUUUGAACUUUGCUCCCGCUUAAUUUUUAGUCGAUCAUGAAAGUUGCUCAAGGUGAACAUGUAGACCUCUCCUGAAGUGCCUUAGCAGAGUCAAGCGACAGUUGCCUCCGCACAUGAGCAUUACUCGGACAAAUCGUCAUGGCACAGGUUAGAACCCCAUCCCACAACCAUGUGCAAUCUUCUAAAAUUGGAGGAUGCACGGGUGCCUUCUUCAACCUCUUCGACUGGAACUCGAGCCACCGCCCCGCUUCGAUCAAGCGUCUACCUGCAGAGCGGCCAGAGAAAUCACUGGGAAGAUCCACGAGUUUUCGGGAUGAUCGCAGUGCGGGCACGAGAGGUGAAAAGCACCGAAAUGCCUCACCAGCCGCCAAGACCUCCUCACUCGGGAAGGAUCGUGAAGUUACUUCCGAUGGUGAUACAAACACCAAACCACCAGGAUUGGUUGCGCGUCUCAUGGGGUUGGAGUCUUUACCGGAGGGUCCUCCCCAUUCCAAACACCGUCGAUCGCGAACCUUCUCAGGAAGCGAAUCAACCCUUCUUCCAGAGAAAGCCAGUCGUCCAGAGAAGUUAGCACUGCGAGACUUGUUAAAGCAGGAUCACAAAUCUUUGGAUAACUCCCUGAGGGACGAAAUCCUUGUGGUUCCUGUGGAGUACAAGGGGACGCCGGAGACAACAUCAAAGAGGGAUGUUUUUCCAUCGCCGGUGAAGAGCAUAGUAAAAUAUGUGGAUUCCUCACCAGGAUCUUGUCGCUCCGUCUAUGCUCUACCAUAUGUGCACAAGGAUGAGAAGUCGCCAUUUCUGGCUCGCUUACACACCUCGCCAGCGCACCCUAGCCCGGUGUUGCAACCCUCAAAAUGCCACAACCAGAUGGACUCUCCAGUUAAGAAUAGCCCAGCAACAAAAGCUAAAAGAGCUUCUCGAUUCCUCGAAGCUGCUGUGAAGAUUUUGGAAGAGAUUUCCGACCAUGAACGAGACCUCCCGCGAGAGAGCAUUGGUCCGAGACCCAUCACUGAUUUUGAAAUUUCAAGUCCCCCUUCUACAGGAAUUGAUCCGCUCCAUUGCCGUUCAAUGAGGAAAGUCUGGCGCGGAAGCGAGGACGCUGAUUCAAUUGACAGUCGGAGUAAUAGAUCCCUGGCAAGUCGCGGCUCAGUUUCAUUCCGGGAACCACCAAUGAGAGACCGCAUCUGUAGAGACAUUUUUGAUACGUCUUUCUCGGAGCGCGCAAACUCCCUGUCGCCCCCUCCGCGGAGAUCAGGUUCCAGGAAAGGAGCAGUUGUUACUUGCACUGGACACAAGGAAGUGAAAGGAAGUGGAAUCUUAAGAACGCCGGAGGCAUCGGUCGGAGGAUUCAAAACCGAUGUCAGAAAGUCCCCUGCAGGCGGAGGAAGGGCCGGAAACGAGUUCGAUCAAUGCCUCUUAGACCGUGCCCAGUUUACGCAUCAGACAGCGGCAUCAGCAUGCAAAAUUAAGAUUGCGUAUUCCAGGACUAAAACAAUCCCAAGUGACUUGGAGGAGAAUGACUAUCUCACGUCUGACGAGGAAUCGUGUACUCGUCAAUUUACCUUCCCAGAAGCGACUGUGCCACGAAGAUCCAAGUCUCCAGCGGAUCGCUCCAACUUCAGUAAAUCUCCCAGUAAUGGCACCUCGUCACUCGCCGUGAAAGCUAAAGCGAGAGCGAAAGGAAACUCGGAGAAACAAUUCUCUUUGCACGUGGAGCGACAAUUGCUUGAUAAGCUGCCCCCACCGCAGUUGCAUGGUCGGUCUCCAUCAGGAAGCUUGCUGUCCCAACCUGAUGGAUUGCAACCGGUCAGACGGUCGUGGGACCGAGUACUACAAGAGAAUCUAGAGAAUCUGCCUCCAGUUUCAAGCGGUCGCAUUCUGCCGAAUGAAAUUGCUAAGUCGAGGAAUGCGAACUCCUCCAUUCAUCCCAAACAAUUCACAAGCCAUAUGGACGAGGUGAAGCUCUCGGUUCGCACAAGGAAACACGCUGCUCACAAGCAAGACAAACAGAUAGUAGCAGCAACACAGUCAGCUGCGUCGCCUGCUCUUCAACGCCAGUCCGAGUUGCCAGUCGCACCGAGGCGAACGAGAAGAAAGAGCAGGCAGGGAUGUCAGAAGGUCCGAGAGAAUUCUGAGCCGCCAUCAGCCUCAAGGGCAGGCGAGAAAACGACGGCUGCUUCAAAUCUACCUGGCAAUCGCAGAAUUAAGAAUUCGGAGGCAGUUUCCAGUGCAAGACGAGAGCAGCUAUCUGGUAAUUAUAAUCAUGCCGUCACACAAAUCUCUAAGAGGGGAGAUAAUUCUGCUAAGCAAGCGGCAGUACGAGAAACGAAUGAGCCUCCCGAGCAUUCUUUGAAACUGGACGAUGGAGGCCACAAAGUCAAUGAUCUUGGCAAUUAUCAUGACUAUGAGUCCACCGAGCCUGCUCUCGGAGAGGAUGCAAUCCAUUCUAUUUCUGAUUUUGUCGACGUGAAAUCAGAUGCGAGAGUCGAGGGUCGUGAGACUGACCUGCUCGAUCAUGACCUUCAGAAGCUUGAUCAAACUCAAGGUCCGGCGAGAGACUUGUUUCCUGUUUCAGACAUUGGUCAACUUGGCCUGGGAGAGCUUGUUCUUGGAAUGGAAGACCUGCAUUGGGAUGAUGACAUGGUUGAGCAACAAAGGGAAAAACCCUCUCGUGCAAGGUAUUGUGAAAUUCAAGCUUCUGGAGAGUCGUUGCAGUCGGUUUGCGGUUCAUUGGAUGAAGAUGUUUGCAACGUCGAUGCUGGAAGCUCUCCUUCACCCCGCAAGAUUGCAAGGGAAUGUCUAGAAGCCGACAUGCUCGACGAAAGCUCGACGUCGGUUUUGAUGAAGCAUUUGCCUGGUAAGCCUUUGAGGCUGGACUUGGACAUGGGAGAAAUAAGCCCUUCGUCAGUUUUAGAGUCACCGUUUGGAGAUUCCACUACUUCGGAGUCCAGCAUUGCAGAGACAGAACAACGAGAGGCUAAUAGUCUUGAAGAAGAUGACACUAUGAAUCUUACGGAUAUUGUUGGGGAACUUGAACGCGAAAAUCAGAUGGAGGUUUCCAGCCCUACAACGGUCAGCAUGUCGACGCAAGAAAUGACCACUUGUGACAAAGUCCGGCAAGCUCUUUUGGACAUAUCCUCGUUCAAGAGCCUUAAUCAGGAACAUGCAUCUGAGUUCAUGAAGGACGCAAAGACCGGUCUGUAUGAAGAGAAAACCUUCGUCCGGGAAGUUCUUUCGGCUGCUCAGUUGCUGUCCAGUCCGGGUCGCUCACCAAACUGGCAUGUGCGGGACCUUGCGAUGGAUCCAUUUCUCUUUGAUAAGCUGGAAGGUGGUGAAUCCUGCCCUGAAAACGAGGGAUUUCUUUUUGAAUCAGGGGGUAUGUGGAGAUCUGAUCGAAGGCUUCUCUUCGAUUGUAUAAAUGAGUCGUUUUCCCAGGGUUCCAGGCAGUACAAUGACCCGCAUCCAUGGCUGAGAAGACCGGUAAUAAGAAAUCCUCCAGUGCAACACAAAUUGGUUGAAGAGGUCCAUGACCAGAUCAACGAGUGGCGGAAUCUUGCAUCGCAUGCCAUCGACACCCUGAUUGAUAUCGACAUGAGCACUCGUGCUGGCAAGUGGACAGAUUUCAGUGAAGAAGUAGCAGAAAUGUGCACCGAAGUUGAGGCCCUUCUGUGGAAUGUGAUGAUGGAUGAGGUGGUUCAUGAACUUGACAUAUUCUUACACUGAGCUGGUAGCCAAAUGCUGGUAAACAAUCGUUCACCAACCCGACUAGACGGCCACCUCUUUAUGCCUGCAAUUUGCAUGCUUCAACAAGCGCUGGUCGGAGUUUUACGAGCUUUUUAGCAUAUCUGAGAUCAGGCAGGACAGAGCAUCGUCUCCACAUUAGGUUUAGCAUGUGUGUCCUGCACAGCUGCAGGCAGCAAACAUGCUUUAUUUGUGUGUGUAUAAUACUUAUUUUAUUCUGAACUUCGAUGAUUCUCACGCAAUUGAGUGUGCAGAAUCUCUGUUCCUCAGUUAGUUGUGUCAUUUGUGACGAAAGAGUGCAUCGCCAUGCGCCUUGUGAAGUGGACUGUUUUCAACUCAUGGUCUUUAAGGGUAGCAUUUAUACAAAUCCUGUCUUCCGGAUUUUUCUCCCCAAGUUGAAAUCAGCAUAAUUGACGGCUGCUGUCAGGAUUGCAAUCGAGUUCUACAUCCA